GCCAGUUUUCCUGAAACCAACAACACUGUUUAGAACAAAUUAAACCGUUAAACGCUGAAAAUAGCAUGCAUUUUGGAGCUCAAAUUAAGUUUUUUGGUCAUAUAAAUUAGCAGUCGGUUUGAUUUUAUUAGCAACGUUAUCUCGGAGGGCACUGAGCUUUGAUUUGCAUCCGCGCUCUCGGUUGCCUCCGGAGAGAGUGGAGCGGCUAGUCACUAACAGAGACUUCCCUCAACCAAGAGAGGCGACACAACUCAACUUCUCCACGAAACACUACACACUCUCUUUCGUGUCGUCUGCGAUUAUCAUCUGUCAGGCUGCGUGUGUGUCGAGGUCAUGUGGAGGAAGGCUGUGCUGGUGGCGCUGUUGGCGUUGGUGACGGGGUAUCUGUACCACACUGACCCGGAGCUGCCGGCCCGCAUGCUGAACUACAUCAGCGAAUCCCUGCCGCAGAUGGAGCCGAGUUGCAGCUCAGAGCCCCGCCCCCCGGCGCUGGAGGAGGCCAUCGCUCGCGCCUGGCAGACCCUCAUCACGGCUCCGGCCCGACGCUGGGCGAGAGUGGCGGUGGGGGUGAACGCCUGUGUGGAUGUGGUGGUGUCCGGGGUGGGGCUGCUGCAGGCGCUGGCUCUCGAACCCGGAGCCGGCAGAGACCACGAGGUGCUACACAGCAAAGAGGACCUGAAAGAGGCCUUUGUCCACUACAUGGGGAAGGGUGCCGCCGCAGAGCGCUUCUUCUCAGAUGAGGAGGUUUUUCAAAGGAUCGCACGGGCGGCUGCAGAAUAUCCCGGCGCUCAGCUUUACGUGGGUGGAAAUGCUGCUCUUAUUGGCCAGAAACUGGCGUCUAACCCAGAACUCGUGGUCCUCUUGUGUGGUCCGGUGGGGCCGAAGCUUCAUGAUAUGCUGGAUGAACAGAUCGUAGUCCCCCCCGAAUCUCUACAGGAGACCGAUGAGUUCCACCUCAUCCUGGAGUACAAGUCAGGUGAACAGUGGGGUUCUUCACGAGCUCCUCAAGCUAACCGCUUUAUCCUGUCCCAUGACGUGUCCAAUGGUGAAAUGAGCACGCUGGAGACAUUCGUGGCCAGUCUGGAGGAGUUCCAGCCGGACCUGGUGGUUCUGUCCGGACUGCAUAUGAUGGAAGGAAUGGGCCGGGAUCUUUGGGAGGAACGACUGAAAGAGGCGGUGGUUGCCAUCUCAGACGUGAGGAACGAGGUGCCCAUCCACCUUGAGCUGGCCAGUAUGACCGACAGGGACUACAUGAACCGGAUCCUGCAGGAGCAGGUCAUGCCCAUCGUGAACUCCAUCGGUCUGAACGAACAGGAGCUGCUGUUUUUGGCUCAGUCCGGAGGCGGACCUCACGGUGACCUCACCUCCUGGGAUGGGAUACCCGACGUGGGACGGGUCAGCGACAUCCUGCUCUGGAUCCUGGAGCGGCACGGCCGGGCGGAUCCAGAAUCCGAGGCCGAUCUGACCCGGAUCCACUUCCACACGCUAGCGUACCACAUCCUGGCUACGGUGGAUGGCCACUGGGGGAACCAGGUGGCGGCGGUGGCCGCGGGCGCCCGUGUGGCCAGCAGUCAAGCCUGCGGCCUGCAAGCCGUGGAUAUUACAAAGGUGGUCCUCAAGGCGCCGUUGAACUUCCACAGCUCCUUCUCAGAGCCGAGGGAGAGCCUAGCGGUGGACCCGACCCGACCGGUCACCGUGUGGCGCAGAGGGAACGUCUCCUUCCAUCUCACGCCAGUCCUGGUGUGCAAACAGCCUCUGAGGACUGUGGGAUUGGGCGACGCCAUAUCAGCCGAAGGACUUGUGUUUUCAGAGCUCACGCCUCGGCCUGAGCUCUAAGAGACGCCUCUCUCUCGUCCAUCCUUUUGAAGACACGUCCCCGUCGUUAGAUCCUAAAGCUGGAGAAACAGACUCACAGGGACUCAAGGGGCGAGGGCGUCAACGACAGGAUGUUUUUUUUUUAGUUGGGGAUGCACUGUUGUACAUUUGUCUGAAAUCGGCACUGAACGUAACGACGCGAACCAGCCUCCGCCAUUUUUAAAAAACGGUUAAUUUAACCAAAAAUGAACGUUCGGUCAUCAUUCGCACACCCUUGAACCUAAACAACCUUCUUUAUUCAAAAAGAAAUAGUGCAGAAGUGCAAGUCGAAUAGUUUUAAGUAAGCAUAUGAUGACAGAACUUUUAUUUUUGGAUGAACUACUAACUUUUUUUUUUUUUUUUUUAACUAUGAUAAGAGAUCACACUCAACAGGUGCAGAAGACCUGCGUCUGCUGCUAGGACGGAUGAAAGCGAACGAGAGAAUGAUUUUAGAGUCUUAUAACCAUCUCAGAUCUCCACUGUAUUCCUAAACACUCCUUUAUUUGGUGUAUGAACAUUAAUACGUAGCAGAAUCCGGAAGGCCGUCGAUGCACUUCAGGUUAACAAGGUUCAUUUUUUUAAUCUAGGUAAUAAUGUGAAGCUCUCAUCCUAAUGAAAUUAAGCAGAAGUAAUUAAAGCGAUGUUCCUAGGGUCAAACUAAAGUCAAAAUAAAACCGUUUAUAGUUAAUAGUUUAGAUCAGCAGCUCCCUGACGGUGUUGAGGCUAUUAUUCAGUGCACAUAUUAUUAAGUACCAUUCAUUAUUCUUGUCUUAAACGGAUCUAAAUGUUGUUAAAGGUGGGAGUCUAGCUGUAGGUUUGUGUACAGUGGAGCCAGCAUCAUUUGUAUAUAAUAAGCGAAAUCAUAAUUUUCUUCCAUUGAUUGACUGGUUUGAUCAGCAGGUUAUCAGUGUGAAUCCUGUACUGUAAUGUGAUUUAUGAUGCUUCCUGUUUUUAAAGGUUACACUUAAUGAAUCUGUGUAUACUACAGACGUCACUUAUUCUUAUUAGUCAUGAAGUUGAGUUUUUCAGCCAUGAUGUACCAUCCAAACACCUAUGACGUAUGAUUUUGAAUGUUUUAUUUGGGACGUACUAAUUAAUCUCGAUAUGUGAAUUGUCUUAAACCAGCCUUAAAGUUUGACGAGCCCAUCUGAGGCUUUUUAACGAAUGCAUAGUUUUAGAAAAGUGUUUGUAAAGCAGUUUGAAGUUAAUGAACCACGAAUGGUUUUAUGAACAGUUCACACACUAAUGUGUUUGUUUGGUGAAUAAGAUGUUCAAAAUGCCUCGGAUCAUGAACCUCAUGGAUUAGUACUGUAUUUCUGUAACACUCCAUACUGAUGCAGUUAGUUUCUCAAACCAACAAAACAAUCUUGAACUGGUUACUAAUGGAGUAAACUAAACAUCAUCAGCAUUACAGCAAGACUUGAAGAAGGUUUUGUUGUUCAAACACAGCAGAUGUUGAGUCUUGGUGUGAGAAACUAACAGAAAGUUUACAUUCAUGCAACUUUUAGACUAUAUGAAAUGUUUUAUGGUUCUAGUUUGCACACGUGAUUAUGCAGCAAAGUCUUUAAGAGUUACUGGGAAAAACGUCCUUCAAUCAUAAACGUUAAGACUAGAAAUAUUAGCUCUGUUAACUUGAGUAUGGAAUAUUUUUGUAUUAAUAAAACACUUCUGUACCAGG